UACAGUUUUGACAUUUUAGGAUGACUAUAACUAAUACGGUCACGGUUUUAUAGCAAUUCAAUCAAUCAACUUCCGAGGCAAAGAUCUAAUUUUAGAAUUCAAAGGGAUACCUGGAAGUUGAAGAUCAACCACAAACCAUUUUUUCUGCACAAAUUGUUUUGUGUAGUUUGAUUUAUACGGCAAUCAGGAAGUUCAGGUUAACUGCACGAUAUUCUUUGUGACCCGAGAGUCGUCCGUUAUUUCUAAUUUGAAAUUAUCCUUAUUUCUGUAUAGUUGCUUUCCUCAAAAGCUAAUUAAAUCAUGCUGUGGAAAUCUGUAUCAAAAAAUUAUCACAUUCUUUGCUUUUUUCCGAAUGGUUUCACCAGCCAGUACCACGAGAAAUGUAUACCUCCAGAAAGGCGCCAACAGACCACGCAGACGACCGAGAAACAGUUCAAAGAGGGAGAUUACUCCAACUGUGACACCGUCACCCAGGACCGGAUCUGGAAACAGAGCGUCGGCAAAGAGGGCAUGUGCCUUAAAAACUGGGAAGAAAACUGGGGCUUCCUGACAGAGUUCGAUUCCAAGGGAAAUCCUAAACCACGAGAGGAGCUCCCAGAAAACGUCACCGUGUUCUCCAAUGCAGUCCCUAAUACCAACUCCGGUAACUAUGGAAAUAAGGUGAAGACCGAGUUAGGGGUCAAAAUGCAGAAACUCGAGCACCAGUUUUUUGGUGGCCAACGGAAACGGAAGUUGGGGAGUGAGAUGGUCUGUUAUUGAUGCUGGAUAUUAAAAAAUAGCCUACUAUUUACUAUAAACUGCUGAAUUAUACUUAAAUACUGUGAAUCUGUGAUAAUUAAGAUAGUUAAUUGUAAUUUAUUAACAUUUUAUACUUGCUUACUUUACAUUAUUUAAACUGCUUUUUAUGUACAAGAAGCAAUAUACAAGUUGUGUUAGGGGGAACAUAACCCUAAUUAACCUCCUUUUUAUAAAUCAUAGUCCAAGGCCUGUAUUUGGACUGUUAUGUGUGUUUGUAUCAUUGUACUUUCCCUUUAAUCAUAAGCCUAUACACAGCAUGUUUCUAAAUACACUGGGUAACUGAUUGAUUGGAAUAUGAAUGAAUGAGUAAAGACUACCUCUUGUGAGAAUUGUAAAUAUGUAAGCAUUAUUUUCUUGUUAAAUUCAAAUCAAUUUUUCACAUUGAUAAACACAAUGGCAUCUCUGAAGUGCAUACCACUAAGCCAACUUAAGGAUAAAAUUUGUGUAGUUGUUGACAAUACCAUACUGCUGAUCUAUGUAACAUAUACAAACUGUAUACACCUCUUCUACUGUCACUGCCUUUAUAUCUAUACUUUAUAUCUAUACUUAAUCAGGCACCCACUCCGUGUUCCGUCUCUGCUAAUAUAUAAUCCUGCAAACGUUUGUGCCAAUAGUUAACCCCCCCCCCCCCAUCUGUGGGACUCACCCCUCAGAAACAUUAACAGUUCUGUGGGGUUUUAUUUGAUCUGAUUGUUAGUAUGGUGAAAAGAUGUUUUCUGGUUAAGGAAUUAACUUAUAUGGUUAGUGUGCAAAGUGUUUAUAUUAAAUUUUUUUUUUGUAUGAAAUAUAAUUAUCUUUGAAAUAAAUGUUAUUCUUGGUC